AUGGGCUUUAUCAAAAAAGCAUUCAAACUCACCACCUACGGUGGCACCGCCACCCUCGGCGCCUUCUUCUGGGCCACCCGCAAAGACGUCUUCGUGCCCAUGUCGCCCACCGACUCCAUCUUCCACAGCGCCCCGUACCGCGCCCAGAACCCCUCCAACAACCCGACCGUCCACGACCUGUGCGUCCGCCGCGUCCCGCUGUCCGAGAUCAACCCGAGUCUCCUGGAGAAGAAGGGAAAGCUGGUGGAGGCGUUCUGUGCCGGCGUCUGGAGUGGCUGGGGCUACGCCUUCCAACGCGCCUACCUCGCCCGGAAAUACCAAGGUCCCGAUACCGCCGCGCAGCUGUGGUCGCGCGACGAGCUGCGCGCCUCGUCCUACGACGUCGGCACCCUGAUCACCGACCACUUCGAGGUGGUCGAGAAGACGGCCGAUCGCAUCGUCGUGCGCUGCGGCGACUCGCCGCGGAAGCAGGGCGUGCGCGAGUCGGACGGGCUGUUUGAGAUGUCUGCGGUCGUGAAGCCCGACGAGGGGGUUGCGGAGUUUGGGCUCAAGAGCUGUUUCUUCCAGGGGUUGGGCAAGGCGGAGGCGCCGCCGAUGCCGCCGCAUAUUGUCUGGCUGCAUAAACAGUAUACCAAGUUGUGGGCGGAGACGGCGAUUCGGAAUGUGCUUCGCUAG